CGGUGCGGGACUAGAGGCAACCCAAGGCAUGCACAAGGAAACCCCGUUCCACCUCAAGUGUUUCAUCUACGAGGCAAUCGACUGCUUGGACGACCUGAGAGCGGAGGUUAAUCGGAUAUCCUCCAGUGCUUGUCACAUAUUUUGGGAAGUGGGGAAGAGGAUUACCACGAUCCUGCCAUUUGAAAUAGAACCGAAGGGAGUGCUCGCCGACAACGAGGAGGUUGUUGGUACGGCGAGGGGGAUGAAAAUAUGGGCAACCAUUCUUGAUAUGUCAACAUCACCGAAAUGUGUUCCGUGGGAUGAUGACACCUCUUCCAAACUGUAUGCUUUCCUCAUGACAUGUUGUGGCGAAAACUGGGCCUUGAUCAUUUUCGCGCCGAUGAAACACCAGAAACAGGUGAUGCAGAGUAUGUACAACUGGGAUGAUGUUGAGGUGCUCACAGGGUCAUGGUACAGACACUAUACACCUUCGGCAACCUUGAACAAGUACAGCAAUAUUGCAAUUCGGUACAGUGACAUGAUGGCUAUUGUCCUCCACGCCGAGAACGACAAUUUGGACAAUAUAGCGGUUGCGCCGAAAUUGCGAGCCAAGUUGACAAAUUUGAACGUUGAAGAGGGUGAAUUUGUGAGGUGCUCAGGGGAGUGUAUCGGCGUGGAGGGCGACACCGACGCGGUUUAUUCUUGGAUGGAACGAGAGACAGCACGUCUCCGAAAACUGUGCAGCUCGUUCAUCAGGGAGGACGAUGGCGUGAUGCUGUUGGGCAGGGCGCAUGCGGGACUGAUUUGGGAACUCGCUCGCGCCGGACACCACGUGUUUGGGUGUGACGACACGACAAAAGAGCUCACAUACCUUUCCAAGUUUUUGGAGUUUUAUGUGAAGGAUCCGAGGAACAAAUGCAGGUUCGAAAAGCCCCAAGUCGAGCACCGCAAGGACCGGGACAUUUACUAUAAGCUCGGCAGGAAGAGGGAGAAAGUGUGGGCUUACUUGUUCGGUGACGCUCCACGGACGGCGGUUGAUAACGACUACGUCAUCAGGAAAAGUGAACUCGAGAUAAAAAUGAACGAGUACCACGGAUCGCACAUGGGUGUUUUCCACAUGUUCGUAGCGCGUUGUGAGCAUCUGUAUUUCAAUAUGAAGAAAAGAGCACUGUCAUGCAGGGACUAUGCGGACUUGGCACGUAAAGCGGGGAACUUCAACAACAUCGAUUGUGACGAAGACACGUUUAGACUCUGACCUGGACGUUCCGUCACACGCGACACAACGUUUGGCGCAGGGAGCACGUGCCGAGGAACCGCAAGGGAGCACCAACGCAGAAGCGGAGAAGGCGAGGUCGAGUUUGGGAGCGACACAUGCUAGUGAGGGAGACGUGGAACAUAGAAUGAAUGCAAGGGGAGAAA